GUAUUGGACGCUACGGAUGAUGAACCUUGGGGCCCCCAUGGUACUGCAUUGGCUGAGAUAGCUCAGGCUACAAAAAAAUUCUCUGAGUGUCAGAUGGUUAUGAAUGUCCUGUGGACAAGAUUGACUGAAACAGGAAAGAAUUGGCGUUAUGUUUAUAAGUCUUUGGCUGUUGUUGAGUAUUUGGUGGCUCACGGAUCUGAACGCGCUGUUGAUGAGAUCGUAGAACAUACCUAUCAGAUAUCUUCUCUCACAAGUUUCGAGUAUGUUGAACCCAAUGGGAAAGAUAUGGGGAUCAAUGUGAGGAAGAAAGCAGAAAAUAUUGUGGCACUAUUGAAUAACAAGGAAAAGAUCGAAGACGCUAGAAAUAAAGCUGCUGCAAAUCGCGACAAGUACUUUGGAUUGUCAUCUUCUGGAGUAACAUUUAAAUCGAGCUCUGCCUCCCUAAAUAGCAGCAGCAACUUUCAGAGUGGUGAUCGAUAUGGAGGUUUUGGAAAUAAAAGUGAUGGCGAUUCAUUUAAGGAUAGUUACAGGGAAAAGGAUCGGUAUGGUGAAGAUAAAUUUGACCAGUUUAAAUCAAAGAAGGGGUCUUCUCGUUAUGGAAGCAAUGUUCAAGACACUGUUUCAUCUAGUGGAUCAAAGACGUCAAAGAGGGUAGGUAAACCUGAUAAAGCUACUUCUAAUCCUCCACAUAGUGCAGCUGUAUCAUCAAGCAAAUAUGAGGAAGAUUUUGAUGAUUUUGAUCCUCGAGGGACUUCAAGUACUAGUAAGUAUCUGUAUAUCUGUAAUAGAUGCAAUGCUAUUCUACUUUAUGUUUUCUAGAAGGCCCUUUCCAAGUCUUUUGCCUAAUGUUUGCAUAAAAAGGUGAAGUAUCACUAGGUUCCAUUUCAUUUCUUUUUGCACCUGGGGGUUAGCUCAAUUGGCAAAGGUUGAGGGACUUGUGUCUUAGGUCGCACGUUUGAGCCUUGCACCAACCGAACUAACUCUGGUAUUUAAGUGGAGAAAGGUAGGAGUGGGCCCAUCAUCAUGAGUUUCGAAGGCUGCGGUUGGCUCAAAGGGUCGGCUCCAGCCAAACUUCUCGGUCGUUAAAAAAAAAGGUGAAGUAUCACCAAUGUUUUGCAUACAAAGGCAAAGUUUCACUUUUACAAACUUUGGUGGUCUGUGCCAAAGAACUUAACUGGUCUUUUUAUCUAUCAGAUAUCCACUUGGGGGAUCCAAAAGAUAGGAAGAAUUUUUCUUUCGCCUCAAAAAGCUUAGGAUUCCAAGUGAAAAAUUAGUAAAUUUUAAAAAGAUGUCCUUUUGAUGCCGAAGAAAGAGGUUGGCUGGACUACAAAAUACUAACGCUAUUUAUUGGUUAUGAAAAGCCAAAGAUAAGGUUUGCUUGUCCGGCAGUCGUUUUGUUUCAUAGAGAAGACAUUUAUCUUUAAAUUAAUCUUUUAUCUAAUGAAGUUGUGUGCCGAACAUUU